AUGGGAGGGGAGGCCAACUACCUUUUCGAGUUUUCCCCGAGUGCCCCGCACCUGCUCCUCCCCGUCGAUCGCUCAGCCUGGCUCACUUCGGAAAUGGCUUCUUGGUCCGACGAGGCCAUCCACUCCCUCCUCGAUGUCGCCGAGUCUGCCCUCCGUGAAUGCAUCCGCACUCUCGCCCUCCCCGCUAUCAUUGUCCGCAAAGACCGCGCCGUCGGUAUCAUCCCCCGCGAUCCCGCCUUCCGGCUCCCCGCGAAACUCUCGAAGAGACCGUCCUUGUCGUUCAAAAACGCUCGAUGUGAACGCCAUGCGCAACCCCGUUCACGCCCGUAUCCCUUUUGCGCUUUCAACGGUGGCAGGGAUGUCUUUGUCGACAUUGGCGACAAGUCGUGGGGCGUCACCGUCUGCCAAAACUAUUUUGGCAGGAAACGCGCCACCGCCGCCGGUGCACCACACCCUUCGAACGAACCAGACUUUGAUGCCUCCUCCUCUCAUUCCCCUUCAUCAUCAAGGGUGAAAACACCCUUCACGUCGGCGACCAGUUCCUAA